AUGGAGCCCAAGGACGUGGUCUUCCUGCUGCUCUUGUUUCUGAGACCAGGUCUCGGAGCUUCCCUUGAGGACUACGUGAGCACCCAGGGGGCCUUGCUGUUCACUGUCAUGAAGCAGCAGCUGGAGGCCAGAAGCGUUGAGGACUGUGCCUCCCGGUGUGAGGAGGAAACAAGAUUCACCUGCAGGUCCUUCCAGUUCCAUAGCAAGGAGCAGCAGUGCGUGAUCAUGGCUGAGAACAGCAGGACGGCGCCUGUGACCCGCAUGACAGACGUGAUCCUGUUUGAAAAGAAAGUGUAUCUCACAGAGUGCAUGACCGGGAACGGAAGGACCUACAGGGGGACCACGUCCACGACGAAGUCUGGUGUGACCUGCCAGAAGUGGGGUGACAGAUUCCCACACAGACCCAAAUAUUCUCCUGACAAGUUUCCUUCCGAGGGCCUGGAGGAGAACUACUGCAGGAAUCCAGACAACGACAAGAAGGGGCCCUGGUGUUACACUCUGGACCCGGACGUCAGAUUUGACUACUGCGACAUUCCCCAGUGUGGAGACUCGGACCUCCUGUCCUCCCGAGCUCGAUCUUCACCCACGUGCAACGAAGCUGACGGCAAAUGCAGUUUCAGAAGGACCAAGAAAGGGUGCAUGACUGGGAACGGAAGUACCUACAGGGGGACCGUGUCUACCACGAAGUCUGGGCUGACCUGUCAGAACUGGAAGCUCCCCUUCCAUUCUCACAGAUACUCACCCCGAAAAUAUCCCUCUGCUGGUCUGGAGGAGAACUACUGCAGGAAUCCAGACAACGAUGACGAGGGGCCCUGGUGUUACACUCUGGACCCGGACGUCAGAUUUGACUACUGUGACAUUCCCCUGUGUGAAGGGUGCAUGACUGGGAAUGGAAGGACCUACCGGGGGACCAUGUCCACGACGAAGUCUGGCCUGACCUGUCAGAAGUGGGGUGACUGCUCGCCGCACAGACCCAGAUACUCUCCUGACAAGUUUCCUUCCGAGGGCCUGGAGGAGAACUACUGCAGGAAUCCAGACGACGACGACGAGGGGCCCUGGUGUUACACUCUGGACCCGGACGUCAGAUUUGACUACUGCGACAUUCCCCAGUGUGAAGGGUGCAUAACUGGGAACGGAAGUACCUACAGGGGGACUGUGUCCACCACGAAGUCUGGGCUGACCUGUCAGAAGUGGGCCGACCGCUUCCCGCACAGACCCAAAUAUUCUCCUGACAAAUAUCCUUCCGAGGGCUUGGAGAAGAAUUACUGCAGGAAUCCAGACAACGAUGAGAAGGGACCCUGGUGUUACACUCUGGACCCGGACGUCAGAUUUGACUACUGCGACAUUCCCCAGUGUGAAGGUCUCGGAGCUUCCCUUGAGGACUAUGUGAGCACCCAGGGGGCCUUGCUGUUCACUGUCAUGAAGCAGCAGCUGGAGGCCAGAAGCGUCGAGGACUGUGCCUCCAGGUGUGAGGAGGAAACGAGAUUCACCUGCAGGUCCUUCCAGUUCCACAGCAAGGAGCAGCAGUGCGUGAUCAUGGCUGAGAACAGCAGGACGGCGCCUGUGACCCGCAUGACGGACGUGAUCCUGUUUGAAAAGAAAGUGUAUCUUUCAGAGUGCAAGACCGGGAACGGAAGGACCUACAGGGGCACCAUGUCCAAGACGAAGUCUGGCCUGACCUGUCAGAAGUGGGGUGACAGCUCCCCGCACAGACCCAUCUAUUCUCCUGACAAAUUUCCUUCCGAGGGCCUGGAGGAGAACUACUGCAGGAAUCCAGACAACGAUGAGAAGGGACCCUGGUGUUAUACUAUGGACCCGGAUGUCAGAUUUGAGUACUGCGACAUUCCCCAGUGUGAAGAGGAAUGUAUGUUCUGCAGUGGAGAAAAUUACGUGGGCAAAAUUUCCAAGACCAAGUCUGGAGUCAAGUGCCAGCACUGGGACUCCCAGACCCCACACAGUCAUGGAUACAUACCUUCCAAAUUUCCAAGCAAGAACCUGGAGAAGAAUUACUGUCGGAACCCCGACGGGGAGCCCCGUCCCUGGUGCUUCACCACCAACACCACCAAACGCUGGGAAUACUGUGACAUCCCCCGCUGCACCAUGCCUCCACCACCUCCUGGCCCCACGUAUCAGUGUCUGAAGGGAAGAGGUGAAAGCUAUCGUGGGAAGGUGGCUGUCACCAUAUCUGGGUAUCCCUGCCAGCCCUGGAGUGAACAGACCCCUCACAGGCAUGACAGGACCCCGGACAACUUUCCCUGCAAAGAUUUGGUUGAGAAUUACUGUCGUAACCCAGAUGGAGAGGCGGCCCCAUGGUGUUACACAACCAACAGCUCGGUGAGGUGGGAACACUGUAAGAUUCCAACUUGUGGGUCCUCAACAGCCACCACAGAACAAGAGGACACCCCAGUACCACCUGAGCAAACACCUGUGGUCCAGGAGUGCUACCAGGGCAAUGGAGAGAGCUACCGAGGCACAUCUUCCAUCACCAUCACCGGGAAGAAAUGCCAGCGUUGGUCCUCAAUGAAACCACACGUGCACAAGAAGACCCCAGAGAACUUUCCAAAUGCGGACUUGAUCAUGAACUACUGCAGAAAUCCGGACAGAGAUACACGCCCGUGGUGUUUCACCACUGACCCGAGCGUUCGAUGGGAGUACUGCAAUCUGAAGAAGUGCUCAGAAACCGAAGCAAGUCCUGCACACACUCCACAUGUUUCCCAGCUGCCAAGUGCUCAGGAGACUUCUGAAGAUGACUGCAUCGUUGGAAAUGGGAAAAGUUAUCGGGGCAAGAAGGCCACCACGGGGGCAGGCACCCCCUGCCAGGCCUGGGCUGCCCAGCAGCCUCACGCUCACAGCAUUUUCACACCAGACACAAACCCACGAGCAAGUUUGGAAGAAAACUACUGCCGGAAUCCAGAUGGGGAUGUCAACGGGCCCUGGUGCUAUACGACGGACCCACGGAAGCUCUUUGACUACUGCAACAUUCCCCACUGCGCUUCAUCCUCGUCAUUUGAUUGCGGAAAACCCCAGGUGGAGCCGAAGAAAUGUCCGGGGAGGGUCGUGGGUGGCUGUGUGGCCAACCCACAUUCCUGGCCCUGGCAGGUCAGCCUCCGAACCAGAUUCGGAAGUCACUUCUGUGGAGGAACUUUAAUAACCCCCGAGUGGGUGGUGACUGCAGCUCACUGUUUGGAGAGGUCUUCAAGGCCUUCAUCGUACAUGGUCGUCCUGGGUGCCCACCGAGAAAAGCUUAUUGACGAUGGUAUUCAGAAAAUAGAAGUGGCUAAGAUGGUCCUGGAGCCCUCACGAGCAGAUAUUGCCUUGCUGAAGCUAAGCAGCCCUGCCAUUAUCAAUGACAAGGUGAUCCCAGCUUGUCUGCCAUCCCCCAACUACGUGGUCGCCGACCGGACGCUGUGCUACAUCACCGGCUGGGGGGAGACCCAAGGCACCUACGGGGCGGGGCUCCUGAAGGAGGCUCAGCUGCCCGUGAUCGAGAACAAAGUGUGCAACCGCUACGGGCUCCUCAACGGGAGGGUCAAAUCCACAGAGCUGUGUGCGGGCAACUUGGCGGGAGGCACCGACAGCUGCCAGGGUGACAGCGGAGGCCCUCUGGUCUGCUUCGAGAAGGACAAAUACAUUUUACAAGGCGUCACCUCUUGGGGUCUCGGCUGUGCGCGCCCCAAUAAGCCGGGUGUCUAUGCUCGUGUCUCGAGGUUUGUUUCUUGGAUCGAAACGGUGAUUAACUCAAGCUGAGAGCAGGCUUGGCGUGUGGGAGGCGUGUGGGACUGCAAGUUUCCCCCGAGCACUGAGCCGGGAGUAGCCCCUGAGCAUGGCCUGGUGUGGUCCCCAAACCAAAAAGAAAAAAAAUAAGAAAGAAUAGUAAGAAAUAAUUCAUGGGCAUAUGAACGAACAGGGCAUCAAGUUACCAAGAAAGUAGAAUAUGAGAUGGAAUUUAGAUGCUCUCGGGAGCAAUGGAUGAAUCAAACUUGUGUACUUACGGCCAGAGCUGGCCAGCCCCACUUUUUAGUAUUAUUAUGGACCCAUUUUUCCUGACCCUGGACUGCUAGAUUCUGUAAUUCUGUAAGCAAUACCAUCGACAUUUGUUGGAAAUAAACUCUACUCUGAUUUAACUUUG